UUGGCUGCUUCCCUGGCUCCCUCGGUAAAGGGGUAGCUGUAAGGCAAGUAGGUGAUGGAAAAUGGUUUGGGAGUUUGCAGUGGAAACGGCUAAAUAGUCGAGCUUGACCUUUAUUCGGGACACAGAACUCGAUCAGCUGGUGACUCAAAACUAGCUGCCAUUUUUAGGUCAUUCGAGGCAUCUCGCUAACUUGUUUGUAGCUCCAGCCAGCUGUAUGAAUAAGACUGCUUUAUUCAUCUAUUAGUCGCCCACUGGGAUGGGGGAAUCUCUGUCCUGUGCUGUCUAGUGGUGGGAUAUAAAUCAUGAUGGCUGAUGGAUGUUGCAGAGUGAUGGAAAGAGGCAGGGGUAAGAUUGCAUCAGAUUCUUUACCGAGACCCACAUAUCCUCAGCAAUAUGUCCAGAGCGGAUCGCAGCAGCAGCAGGGCAAUGACAUCCAGGAGUUAGCCUCCAAACGCGUCGACAUCCAGAAGAAACGCUUCUACCUUGAUGUCAAGCAGAGUGUACGCGGACGCUUCCUUAAAAUCGCCGAGGUGUGGAUCGGAAGAGGCCGUCAUGAUAACAUCAGGAAGAGCAAGCUGACACUGUCUAUGUCGAUGGCUCCGGCUCUCCGCUACUGCCUGGGAGACUUCAUAGAUUAUUAUGCCCGUAUCGGACUGCGGGGGGGCCUCGCGCCUCCGCAGCUCGAGGAGCACAGCAACAACGGCCAGGGCCGCGCGCACGACUCCCGCAGAAGAGCGCAGGAGCAGCACGCGGCGCUGUCUCCCAGCGGCUCUGCGGUGUCUGACGACCAUGCCCACCGCGUCCUCAAGAGCGAAUUGAUCGAGAGAGACAACAGAAAGUAUUUCCUGGACCUGAAGGAGAACCAGAGAGGUCGGUUCCUCCGCAUACGGCAGACUGUCAGCAAAGGACACGGCACAAUGGGCUACUACGGACAGGGCAUCGAGCAGACCAUCGUGCUGCCCGCACAGGGGCUCAUCGAGUUCAGAGAUGCGCUGUCACAGCUCAUCGAAGACUACGGAGAUGAAGAGGGCGACGACCGCGGCCGAACCGGAUCCAGGAACCACGACGACAACCCCGAGCUUCCCGAGGCUGCGUCUUUUCGGGUGGACAACAAGAGGUUUUACUUUGACGUCGGUUCUAACCGGUAUGGUAUCUUUUUAAAAAUUAGCGAGGUGCGGCAGCCGUAUAGAAACACCAUCACAGUUCCCCUAAAAGCCUGGGCUAGAUUUGGAGAAAAUUUCACCAGGUACGAAGAGGAGAUGCGACGAAUUUUCUCGUGUAACAAAGAGAAGAGGAUAGACGCACGGCAGGACAGUGAGGAGCAGGAGGACUGACCUUGGCAGUAGGCUGUGUCUGUGCUUUUGCAUGUAUUCUAGGGAUUCUGUUAAUGAAAUAUCCAGAGUGACAGUAAUCUCUAAAUACUCUCCGUGAUACUGUAUGUGUCCCUAAUAGCCUAUAACUAGAUGCAGUGUCCCAUGUUAACUUGUUGGUUCAUCUACCAAGGGCUGGUAAACUAUUAAUUGUAACCUGCCAAGAAGUCGUUCAUUCAUAGCCCAAUAAUCACCUGUUUCAGUGAACAAUGUCAACCUUACGUUUUAUAAUCUUUUGAUUCUCAGUGCUAUUUAAUGCGCUUUAGACGGGGCAACCCAAGCCUACUUUGGGCCCUGAGCAGAAUUUUAACCCCCCCCCCCCCCACCUUCCUUAACUUGAAGAGUUUACAGCAUUGUUUAGUUAUAAGGGACAUUGAAAGGUGACAUUAGAGUUAUUAGGAAUGUGGUGCCUGCUAAACCACUUUAAUAUUUAGCCCCCAAAGCAUACUGGUAAUCAGUUUUAUGAUGCAGAAAAACUGUUAACCAUAACUGAUUGCUGAAAGUAAGAAAUACACUUAUAUACAAUGAAUUAACUUAAUAUGUGUUCAGUAUAGAUCGUGCAAAAAGAAAAAUACAACAUUUUAUUAAUUACAUUCACAUUUAAAUUGAAACUAAAAAUGAACAGAAGACCUCACAUUUGCUGGGAUUUGCUUGUUUGGGGGUUCCCCCUGCUGGCCAUUUAGUACCACGCAGGAACUUACUGUAAUGCAACACACACCGGCUGCAUCCACUGACAGUGGGGGCUUAAAAUAGUAGACACAAGUGUUGUGACAUUCAUCAUACUGCUGGUGUGUGUUGCUCUUCAGUGGACUCCAACUACGGCUAUUUCCUACACUGGUUUGUUGUCCAUCAAGAGAAUUACCAUGUCAAUAACAAUUGCCACAUUUGGAAUAAUACUGCAGCACACACACACACACACACACACACACACACACACACACACACACACACACACACACACACACACACACACACACAGUAGAUGUUCUGUGGCAAAAAUGAAUGCAGGCUUCCACAUUCAUUCCAAUGAUACACCUUUUCCUGCAGUGCAUUUGGCAAAUCCAGUAUGUGCAAGUGACCAGAGCAGGUAGAAUACCCUUCAGAGUGUAAGAUGUAGCAAUGUGCUGAUUUGCUGCUUUCCCUGGCAGCAUGGAGAUGAGGGGAGAAAUGAAAGUCCAAAGGAGAACCAGGACAGCACUAUGUGGUGGGCUGGUUUUUGCUGUGUGUAUUUUAUCUUUCAUUAUCUGUAACACACAAACACAGCCCCUUGAGCUGUUCUGCCGUAGUGCUAUUGUCAGUGGGAGACACCAAAACAGUUUACAAUGGUUAACAAAGUUUGCAAAAAUGAAUCAAAACAUUUAUUAGCUAGUGCAAUAUAUCUCCUUUAUGAUAAUUCUAUCCAACACAGGCACGCAGUUCAUAAACAUAGGACGGUGUUUGUCAUAUUAAGCUUUGUGUUUCAUUGCGGUGAGUCACAUUCAUAUACUUAUUUGUGAUGUGUUACUUGCAUUGAACCUCCAACACCUGAAAAAUAAUUGAUAUGUUGCAUUGAUAGAUCACUGAAUGAAUAUAUCUUUGAAAAGACAUCUCGUCUCACCAUCCAAAAAGCCAGUUAAAGCAGAAAAGAGAAAAGAGACAGUGACUGCUGCCUGUAAAGAUAUAUGUGGAUCUCAUUAUUCUUAAGGAUAAGUGUGUUGCUGUUGUUAUAUUAUUUAUACUAUGUGGCAAUUAUAACCUAACAGCUCAGAUUUACACACUUAGUUUGCUGAAGGAAAGGUAUUUUACAUGUGUUCUGCUGAGCUCACAAGAGAUGAUCAUAUGCAGCUUGUGGCCACAGUGCUCUACACAAUCAUGGAAGAAAGAGUUAAGAUGCCGCAGGUCGCAGUGAUGCCAGUAUAGACAGCUAGACUGUUAGAUGGGAGUGUGUCUGUUCUCUCACUGAGUUUCAGACUAACCCAUCCAUCACACACAAGGUGUUAAACUAAAAGCAGACCUCACCUGGCUCUGCACUGAAACUUGGAGGAACAUGGUUAUAUGUUUCCAUUUAUGCACCUUUCGUCACUAAUCAUCAUUUCUUCCUCCCACACGAGUUGUGAACAGUUCACCAAAGAGGAAUUUCUUUAAAGAUUAGUUUUGCGGCAUGAGGAGGUCAAAUUGUCAGCAAAAAGAAAACAAUAAGAGCAAAGUCUGGAAAAAUGUAUUCCAUAAAUAUAUUUGUUCUGCUUCUCUAUCCUGUUAAUCAUCUCAUGAGCCCUGAGAUUAAUCCUGACCCCCGGGUUGUGACCACUGAUGUAGACCCUGGACCACUUGUAUAGUGAUGCCUUUAAAACUCUUGUGGAUACUUGAAACAUUGAGAAUUAUAUGUUUUAUUAUUUUGCCUCUUAGACUAUUACUUGGUGAUGAUAUUUGAAAUGAGACAUCAAAAUGAGUUAUUUCCUUACCUUAUACAUGAGACCAGUAGCUCCAACAUCUAGUGCUUAAUGUGUGGGGGAAAAUCCUUUCUUUGAUUUUGGAUUAUGUGGUGCUAUGGAAAUGUGUUUUCUGAUUGUCAUAUAAAGUUGCAGGACAGCUCAGAGCUCCAGGUCAUGACAUAAACAGGUGACGGUAGAGAGACAUGUGACCCUGAUGUUGGUGAGGGCUCCGUGCUCAUUGGUACACUGGCUAGUGAAAUGAGUGGUAGCUUAGAAAGGGCUGAACAUCCUCUCAAACGGGCCUUUUUACCACACCAAUGUGCUUAUUUCUGCAGAACCGUGUAUUUUACCUUUCCCUACUAUGGACUGAUGCAAGCGAUGAAGUUUUCUUAACGUGUCACGUGUGUGUUCUUUCUGGCUGUGAGUGUUGCUUCCCCAUUAGAGCUUGAAUGGCAGUUGCUGUACAUUGAGCUCUGAGUAUACUGUAUGUGACUUGCAUGAAAGACAAAGAGCCUGAUUCAGACUUUGAAUUAAAGGAAUAAUUCACCGUUAAUUGUUUUUGGAUAUAAUUACUCACCACUCGCUACCUUGAAUUCUUUAAGAAAACUUUGUUUUUCUCGCAUGAAUAGAUCAUAUGAUGAACGAGAUCAUAUGAUCUCCACGAUGAACGGAGAAUCAAAAACCAGAAAACUCUUGAUGAAUUGAAGUAAAUGGGAGCUGCAUUUAGCAACAGCAAAUCUAUAUUAAAACAUCUGUUUACAAACUCUCACACAUCCCGUGCACUAUAAUCCAAGUCUCAUAUAUCCAGUCGUGUGCUCACUACUUCACAAGCAAAUGCAUUUACCCUAAAACUGCACUAUUUCAAACACUAAACCAAUUCAUCAGGGAUUUACUUUGUUUUCAGAUUCUCUCUCUCAAAAAAACCCCAUAAAAAACCAAUACAAUUCUUUAAUAAUUCAAGGUAAUGUGAUAUGGAAAUGGUCAUUUUAAGGGUGAACAAUUCCUUUAAGUACAACUACUGCUGAUUCGAAAUCUCGGCGUCAGUGCAAGGUGAUUAAAGGCGCUCUGUAAGAUCAAACACUGGGGUAACCAAAACCUCAAAGGGCUCAUAAUCUUUUUCUGAUGUAAAAAAGAAACAGGCAUUUCACACACAACAAAAAAAAAAAUGAGUUGAGGCCAGUCUCUAACUGUGGCCGCGUUAAAAACAGUCAAAGGGCACAUUUCAUCAUGUGGCCUUCCAAACCCUGCACCUGGUGCAGCAGCGGUUAUAUUAUACAAGGAUUGCAUUUGGUAAAGACGUAUAUUGGGACAAUGUUUUUAAACUAUGGCCAUGGACAACACUUGUUCUGAUAGGCUGGCUGGUGUCUAUUAAAAAGUAUAUAUUGAGACAAUUUCAACAUAGUUCCAGUCAACUGUUAAACCACCGUUCUUCUACCUAAUUAUAUUAGAAAUACGUUUUAAAGCAAAUAUUUACGCAGUGUAAAAGCUAAAAAAAAAGAGCUUUGUCCACGUCUGAAGAGAAGCAACUCAAACAUUUCAAAGCCCUCAGUGUGUCUGAGUCCGGCCCUUUGUCUCAGUAUAACUCUGCAGCGCACUGACUGCUGUCAACUCCAAGCUUCAUGAAGUUGAGGUCUAAUGAAAUGACUGGUGUUGGUGUAGGAGGAGAAAAAAAAUGCAAAAACUGUUCAAAACAGUGUUAAUAUUUGUACUGGUGGCAGUCAAUUCUUGUGAUGCCUUUAGGUGCACGAAAAGCACAGGACUAGUUGGGCUUGGUGUGUUUGUUGUACUGUAUGGUGUAGGGCAUGAACCUUAAUGAUUCCGUGAGUUGUUUUAUUUUCAUAUGAAUGGCAAAAGUUAUAUAUAGCAGUGUAGGAAGUAUAAUUCAAAGCACAAUUUAUUUUAAAAAGGAUGUGGAAUUAGAUUAUAUAUAUUCAAUUAUUUACAUGGAUUUGAUUCAGCAUUGAUAGCCAGAAAAUGUGGCUUGAGAGGCAAAUCUUCUCAAAGAUGAAAUCUUGCCUCAGCCAAGAUAUUAAGAAAAAUACAUGAUAUUUAUUCUCCUGAAAGUGGAAAGUGGAAUUCCUUAAAAUCUGUCUUUUGCAUUCCAAAUAUCACUCCAAAAAGCACUUUAAAUAAAAGCUGCACUUUCGUUCUGCUGCUUUGUAAUCAGUUGACGUAGAGGGACCAUUUCCAUCCAUGCCUUUGGUGUAAAGAGACAAUCAUGGAUCCCUGCUUAUAGAAUCUGAUGAGCUACAGUUAAACAAAACUCCCAUCAUGCUGUGUGUCCAUUUAUGACAGCUUCUCAUUGAGAUGACAGUCAGGAGUUGAUAAUGAUUGCAAACGCCAUGUUAAAUAAUCAUUGCCAGAUAAUAAAGUCUCACUGAUCUUUGUGAAAUGAGCACAACAGAUUCCAUCCUGUGGACAUGAACAAUGUGACGAGCACGGCAGCAUUGUUUAGCAACAGCACAAAGUAAGGCUGUCACUUUUUAUUUGAAAUUGACAUUUUUGAAUGUUCAAUGUGUAAUCAUCUACUUGAGUUUACAAUCUACAGUUGAUCAGCUCAACAGGCCUGGGGAAACAUCCAUUAAAUGAUCCAUCACGUGCUGUCAGUAAACUCGGCUUUUGUUGCUGCUAACACUAAAUGUUGAACAUUGAUGAGCUGUGCUGAACAGAUCAUUAUGACACCAAACCCUCUGAGAAGUUACCUGAGGAAUCUUUUUGAAUUUCACACCAUAAAUGACACUUUUAUGCUAUAAUGUAUCUUGAUGAAUGCAAUGCUCAUCUAACUUUGGAACUACUGACUGGUGUUAGCAGAUGUUUCAUGUCACAACUUAGUGCUCAUUUCACAACAUUUCAUGAGACCAAGAUGAAUGAGUUCAGGGUAAGAAGGAAAAUGACCAUGGCUCUAAAACAUCACUUUUUUCUGAUGUAGUACUGUCUGCUCCUGUCCUUUCUGUACAAUUAAUAUGGUGUGCUGGACGUCAGCGGUGUAACCCUCAAAGAGUUUCCUUAUUGUUGGGAAAUGAUGUCGUAGCGCAGAGCUAAACAGAUUCUUAAGAAAGCUGAGUAUGAUUAUUUGAAAAUAAAAUGAGUGACCCUGACUUCAAAGAUUAACAAAUUAACCCUCACUUUUCCUCCUCAAAUCUAAAUAAAUAGAUAGAAAGAUACAUAGAAAGAUUUAAAAAAAAAAAGGUGCAAAUGCUUUGUGUGUAUUUAUAACGAUGUUAGUCUCUUAUUUGCAUAAUAAAAAGUGGGUAUUUAAUGUAUUCAUAUUUGUUAUGCUUUUUGUUCCCCUUAAAGAGGUAUACUGCUGCUUUGCUUUUUUAUCCCAACACAUUCUGUACCCUUGAUAUUACUGCUGAGCUGUUUCUGAAGCAUCAGAUUGUAGAUUGAUUUCCAGCCCUGUUGUUUGUACAGCGUAGCUCAACAGUUGAAACUCUGGCCCAGAAGACAAACUAUAAGAUAACAUGGAUGAUGAAGUGAAUUUGGAAACUUCUUGUAUUAAAAGGUUUGUCCGAGUAACAGCAACCAGACGGCUCUUAAAUCUGUGAUGUCUGAGCAUCGUACAGCGUGAUGUCAUGGUAUGUGCGUUCACCACAGCUACUUCAGUGUCUUCCAGCGUGCAUUCAUAUAGAAAAAGAAAAUAUGGAAAACAUGGCUGAAUUAGCAAAAGGCUGUUUGCAAUUAACUGCACAGACUGAAAACAUUUUACAGAACACUUUAGAUAACAUAACCACCAUGGAGUUAUACUUACUAAGCUCUGUGUUACAUCAACUCAACAAACCCACACUUUACUCAAUGUAACGUGUCAUGAACUCACAAUAUGUGUGCUAACUGAACCUGGGACAACUGGAGCAUCCCAUCUGUCACAGUUGACUUCUUGCCACAAGAAGUGGUUUAGGUCAUCUGGACUAUUACACUUUGUCUAUUUCCCCUACAAUGAGUGAAAUGAUAUGCUGCUUUCCAUAAACCUUCCUAGUUAAAUUAUUCAGAAAUGAUGGACCUGUGAAUUAAAGUGUUACCAUUGAUUUGCAUGGCAUACUGACGUACAUGGAAACGACAUCAAUCUGAAAAAAAAUCGGAUCUUUUCAGUAAUAUAAAGAGCGUGUAAUUUGCAACUUUAAAGGUGGCUGUGAACAAGCUGUAGACUCCUUGCUGACCGGGAACAGGAACACUUCUGGUUGUUUUACCUCCUGUAGUGUAUUUAACUUUGAUACCACAAAGACAGAUGUUGUGUUGUUCCUUCAAAGUGAUGAACAUCAUACAUACAAACCGCUGCUAUUGUCCUUUAAGUCUUGCUUUCAGUGGACAGUCACAGAGCUACAGCAGGAGGGCUGCAGGAUGUUGGACUUUGAUGAACAACUUGUUGAAAGGAGAUCCAGACUGUUAACAAAGACUUCAUGUUUCCAACCGUGACGCCUUAAAGCACCUUUACAAUUUGACUGUAUCUCUGCUUAUUUGAAUUCAUGUGCUUCGUUUUAGCGAAUGAGAAAUGAUAAAAAGAAGUCCACUGGUCAAAGCCAACAGAAAACUAGUGCUCAUAUGAUUGUUGCAUAUAUCCAGGAUUAAUAAUGGUCAUGAGUAUUCAAAGUAAAGAGGUGGGACUCACCUUGACAAAGUGUAUGUGUAUCUGUGGUUGUGCAGGUAGAGUGAUGUGAAUGUAUGCACACUGAAGAAGACGUUCUGGGUUGCUGUUUUGUUUUACCUUCUGAGUUUUGGAGUGUGAAAUGUAAAGAUGUAGAUGUGUGGUAAUCAUUUAAAAUGAACUGAAGUGAAUAAUGAAAAUGUGAAAAGGUAUUUAGAUAAAUGUAAUGUUAUACAUUGGUGUGUCCUUUAGUCCCGUAGAGUAAGACUUAAAAAACAAGGAAGUUUUGUACUCUAGCACUUUCUUUAAUGUGUACUGUAUUAGUUCAUCUUCUACAUGUAAAGUACUGUAUGAAUAUUCAUUACUUGCCUUGUAAUGUUUGAAACAAUGCUACUUUUAGAAACCAAGAAAACACAGUUUUUAGAGUGUAUGCAUGCCAACGGUUGGGUCCCAGUAUAAUAGGAAAACUACAUUAAAAAAUGGUGCUAUGUUACAAUAUAUAAAGGUGCUUUAUGGACCCCAACUGAAUGCAUGCAAAGAGGAACUAUCAAAAGAAGAGAAAAAGAGAAAAUCAAUGUCCUACUGCUGUUCUCAAAUGAGUGCUGCCUCCCAAAGAUGUCGGGAAUUUGGAAAUAUCAACUUUCUAUUUGUUAAAAUGCAACAGCCCUGUUGAGUAUCCUCCAAACAUACAUUUAGUGUUUGUUGGCAAGGAGAAUUGGAGCAUAAAUUUAGCCAUUUAUCACAAUCUGUCAGCCGGGAAUUUCCGACUGAAGACUGGAAUGAAAUGCAUAGUAGGUGGCAGACCUGAUCACAAACGGUGAAGUCUAACUGUAAAUGUCAUCUUUACCUGCCUCCCAGCUCUGAGACGGAGCAGGAUCAGGCUGAAUGAUUAGAUAUGGUGACUGGCCAGCAUGUUAAAGGAGAAGUAAACCAAACUUAAGAAGCAGUCAUGAAGUGGUUCUAUUUUUAAGAAAAGACAUGUCUAUUUACAGUUACACUGCCUUUGUGACGAAGGUCUAAUAGAUCUAUAGACAAUCUAAUGACAUCAUUUUGUACUGUUAAUUCUUCAGAUGUUUAAAUAUUUUUUCAUGUAGCAAAGUUAUUGGACAGCAAACAUCAAUAUAGUCUUUGAGAGGUCAACGUUGUUUGAGUUCAGAAAAUGUUAUGCUGAUUGUUGCUGGAAAAGAAUUUGGAAAAAGAAAAAGUAUGUUUAUUGGUUGUAUUGAUCAUCUUUCUUUUUAUGUUCAUUAAAUGUUUUACAGGAUUA